UUUUUUUAUUUCAUUAUGUAUAUUUAUAUAUUUUUAUUCUCAGUUCUCGAGCUUUACAUUAAUUAAAUAAAUAUUCAUUAUAUUCUUUUAAAGCCAAAGGUUAAGAAGGGCCUGCAAUUUUUCCAUUUUGCAUUGGUACUAGAGAUGUAUCAAUUGAUAACUAUGUAUCCGAAUACAUUACAUCGAUAGUAGUUAUUGUCAUCAAUUCCUGAAUUCUACCAUGGCGACCGGAACAACUAGAAAUAAAGUGGCUCUAGCUCCUGGCCACUCGCUUAUGGAUUGGAUUCGUUUGGGUAAUUCUGGAAAUGAUUUGACUGGAGUUGGUGGUAAGCUGUUGUCUGUUUCAAAAUCAGAAUUAGCAAAACACAACAAACGGACUGAUGCUUGGUUAGCUAUACGUGGAACGGUCUAUAAUGUUACCCAAUAUAUGGAUUUCCAUCCUGGAGGUGGUGAUGAAUUGAUUCGUGGAAUUGGCACAGAUGCUACUAAAUUAUUUUCAGAGAUACAUGCUUGGGUGAACUAUGAAUCAAUACUGCAGAAGUGUGUUGUUGGAAGAUUGGUAAAUGAAGAACUCUUCAAAUUACCUGAGGUUUUGAAAACGUCUACAGAUGUGUCAAUCAAUGAUUUUAAUAUGGACUGGUUUCAACAACUUGGCUUUUUAUGUUUUGUAUUUUAUACUAAAACACCAUAUCCUGAGGUAUCUAUUAAAUUAAAACGGCCCAAUGAAAUAGUUUUUUCAUUGAAUGGAAAAGCAAAAUGCAUCACUCUUCAUAAACCUGUCAAUUGGCCUUGUAUUGUUAAAAUUGUAGGCGAUAUUGGAAAAGUUCAAGUUAAACUAAUAAAAAAAGUGCUUGGACUUUGGCCAACUUUUGGAACUGUAUCAAUAACCAAUAAUAUUCAAGUUGAUUAUUGGAAAUGCGAACUGAUUCAAUCAUAUGAUGUCACUCAUAAUGUUAAAUUUUUAUUAUUUAAGUAUGAACAGAAUUUGUAUAAUCAUGUUUACCCUGGGCGACAUGUUUAUGUAAAAGCAAAAAUAAAUGGUCUUGAUGUAUCUCGCCCAUAUACUCCAGUAUGGCCUAUAGUCGACACAACUGAAUAUGGAAACAUUUUAGAGGAUACUUUGUGUUUGUUAGUAAAAAGUUAUCCAAAAGGAAAAUUAAGCCAACAUCUUUGCUCUUUACGCCAAGGUGACUUUAUCGAAGUAAGCCGACCACAGGGCAGUUUUGAGUGUUGGACAUCAAAAACUAAUUUAAUUUUAAUAGCUGCUGGUACUGGCAUUACACCUAUGUUACCAAUCAUAUGGAAUGCUUUGCAUUCACCCAUUAAAAAGUAUAAUGUUUCAUUAUUGUUCUGUAACAAAAAAGAAUCAAACAUAAUUUGGAAAAAAUAUUUAGAUCAAAAAAGUGCCACUUACUCAUCAAGACUGACUGUACGUUAUAUUUUAUCAAAAGAAGAGAACCAUGAGGGUGAUAAUAAAGAACAUAUCGAUGAAAAUGUAAUUAGUAAAAAUUUUCCUACAUUAAAUGAAGAUUCGAUGGAUAAAUAUGGUAUAUGCAUAUGUGGCCCCCCAGGAUUUAAUAAACUAUGUGAAAAGAUAAUUAUUCAGAGAGGUUUCAAAAAAGAUGACUAUUUUAUCUUUGGUUAACAUAUUUUAUUAUAAUCAUUGUUUUUUCAAAUACAAGUAUACCAUAUAGUAUUUUUGAAAAUA